ACGAUGUCCGCUGAAUCGUUUAGCAAAUUCAGCACGAAUCCCUGGGCUAUCAUUCAACUUUUCAACUAGCAAGCAAUCUUUAUCAGACCAACAAGACUCAAAGUUACAUCCUAUUUUCGCACCCUCGAAGGAAGUCACUAAACCAUCCUUUGGCUCAGAUCCAUACCCCAUUCCACUUCAAAGUCCUCUCCACCAUACUCGUAUCCCAGAAAAAUACGAAAUGAGUUCCAACCAAAACCAAUUCGAAGAAUCGGUCAAGCUGGAUGAAUCGAUCGAAUCUCUUCGUGCUAGGCUUGUGUACCAGAGCCGUAAACGUGGGAUUGUAGAGAUGGAGCUCUUGUUGAGCACUUUUAUCGAUGGUGGGAAACUAGAAGAGUGGAAUAUAGAACAAUUGCAAACUUAUGAUAGAUUUUUGAAAUUACCAGACUGGGAUAUCUAUUACUACGUCAUCAAGAAGCUCGAUCCUCCGGCUGAAAGUGAAUGGAAAGACUCACAACUAGUCAACCAGCUUAGAAUCCACACUGCAAACCGAGCCAAGCAGAUCAGAAUGAUGCCAAGCCUCUCCACUACCAAGCAUUCUAGAUAGUGGACGAGGCUACUGUUUUUCGUCUCUCUGCUCGAAUCACUUGUUUAUCUGUAGAUACUGUACAUCAUAAAGGCCAUCUCAAUUUGUAGCUUUCGUAGCGGGUAUCCAAGAGCAAUCCAGACAAAGCUGCUGCUCC